AUGAGAGAACCAAAAAUUAAGCGCGACAACAAUUAUAAUAAUAUUGAUGUGAAAGCAGAUGGUGCCAUCAACGAUGCAGUCCAAAGUACAAAAUUUGAAGAAAAUUCUUUGUUAAGCGUCUUUGGCAAGAAAGUGGAUCCUGAGAAGUACAUAAAAUCUGAAGAGGAAAAAAAACUUGCAAUUAAGGAUCAAAUUGUUGAAAAAGAAGAUGUUGUCAUGGAUGAUGUAGUUGGUUGUGAACCACUAGAAGAAGGUCAUAUAUUAAGAAUCUCACCUGAGAAAGUGGUACCUGAUAACUACAUAGAUUCCGAAGAGCACAAACAGCUUGCUGCUACAUUGAUGGCGACGCCUAAACGAGCAGGCAUUGAUUUAUUACCAAGAACUGAUAAGGAGAAGUUUGUGUUGUUCCAUCGUACACUAACCAAAUUUUUGGAUCUGUAA